GCAUGCAGACGGACGGCCCGACGGCCCCACGCUCCCUCCACAUGGGGAGGUCGCCACACCGCAACCCAGCCAGCUUAGGUCCACGUGCUUGAUCUCGCUGCCGCAUACCGUCCUGCGACCUUCCGUCUGCCUGCCCCUGCUGAGAUUGCGCUCUAGUGCAGCGUUGUGCGUUUCAUGUCGAGGAGGCCAGACGUGCCUUGGCGUCCACCUGUUGCCUCCUCGCGGCCGUCACCUGGUCCUCAGCACACGACCACACAGCUAAACGUGACUGACAGAUGAGAGGUGAGGCCUUCCCCUAACAUCACCUGACCUGGCCGUCCCACCUCACACCUAUGAAUACAGCCGCCGGGGUCGAGAACAACCCGGAGGCCUCCAAGAAGGUCCGAAGGAAACCAUGUUGUGGCUUCUGCAGGAACCACCAUCGAAGGGUUCCAGUCAUCAACCAUCAGUGUCCCCACGCCUCCUGCAACUGUGCCUUCUGUGAGCUUACCAGGCGGCGGAGAAAAAUUAUGCGGCAUCAACAGCGAUGGUGGAGGUUUAAGAAAAAUGGUGGAGGGUUUCCGGAAGCCGAGGAGAAUAUCAGCGAAGGCGAGGAGGGGCAGGGGAACGCAGAGGAUCCCGCCAGAAGAAAAAUGGUGUGUGACAAGUGCCGCAACCACGACAAGCUGGUCCAGAAGCGAGGCCACAAGGGCAGCUGUCCCUACGAGGAUUGCUCUUGUGACCUCUGCACCUUCACCUUCAAGCGACAACAACUCAUGAAGCACCAGCAGCGCGUCAGAAGGUCUCAAGUGGCAGCACCGGUAGAGCCGGCGGAAAAGACACUCUCACUGCCGCCGACAAAUGCAGACAGUCCGACGAGCAGCGACGUGCAGACGCUAGAGGAAUUGUCACCCACAGGAUCGCCGUGGGACAAGUGUGACGAGAGGAAGGUGGACGGAAAAGAAGGGACGAAAAGCCCGUGCCCUGCCUACCCCGCGUCCUGCCACGAUGCACAGCCCUCGGAAGGGUGGACGAACCCAAUGAAAGAGUGUACUAAGGGUAACAACCCCACGUGGGCACCAGACGACUCCAGUGUCUCCGCCAUCCCCCAGCCACCACCGCCGCCGCCGCCGCCCCAGGGUCACCUGCAGGAGCACCACAAGACGUCACCCAUCUACACCAAAAGCGAUCACAUUCUCAGUUCACCGCCGGCUGCCGAGUGCACAGAUAGCACGAGAGUGUCAGUGAGGUACGACUGCUACAGGCCCCUCCCACAGGUGCCGACCGUCCCCAGCGUCCUCACCACACUGUCCAAGUACGGGCCUGAUAUGAGUCACCCGCAAUACCUGCCGGCAGGAGAGAGGUUGUGUGGGGCAGGGCGGUGCAUGGUGGGUGCCAACACUUACAACCCUCCCCAGGUCCCGCUCAGACCACAGCCCAUCCCCGCCGCUCACCUGUCUCGCCCUCAAAUGGACUUGCAAUUCUUAGGCUUCCCGUACCCGCCCGCAUCCAUGUUUCAGUCCCUCCCCCAACCCAGUGCGCUGUCCAUGUGUGACAACUUCAGGCUGCACCACCCGACGGCGGCCCUCAACGAGUCCUUUCACACGGCAAGGGCGGCCUCCCAUCACACAGAAGCAGGCGGGGUCCACACUCCUUACACCGCUGGUCUCCCUUACUUCACUUCGGCCCUCAUACACCCCAGUGCCAAACCUUCUAUCACUUAUGCCGGGCUCCAGAGUGCUGCCCGAGUACGGCCACCCGCUGCCAGUGUUCAGACAGCAGCACCAGAGCGUGCAUCUCGGAGCCUUCACCAGGGGCAGCUCCAGCAACGUGAUCUAGACGCAGCUUCCAUGUCAUGCACAGGAUUAUCUCAAGAGUGUGGAUCCAGCGCUUCAAGCCAAGGAAAAAAGCGAUGCUUCUCUUUGAAUACCGGUUCCGUAUUCUUACACCCCAGUAAUUAAAUGGUUGUUGCUAAAAUGCGUUUAGUUUCUGGUAAAAAGAUGUUAGACUGCGAAGAAACGGUUACUUUAUAUGAUUGAAUGAAUGCGCGCUUAUUUCGGGUUCCUGAAACACAGAAGGAAGGGAGAGGGAGGGACGCGUCUCUCUGCAUCUUGAAGACGUGGAGAAACACGAUGCAAUGAGAGAACCCAAAGCCCGUUUAGGGACUAUAAAUAUUUAAGUUUCAAUAUGGGCUUUGAGAGAACCUUCGACCGAUGCAACGAGACUAACGAAACACAGCCAUGAGACCAGUGGCGGAGCGACGUGGCGUGCGCGACACCGAAUUACUUGAGCAAAAAAGAAAAAGAAUAAAUAAAUAAAGAAAGUAAGAUAUUUGGAUGCCAAUGGACUUUAGGCAAAUUGAAUGCAGGAUAUUUGAACCUCUAAAACAUUUGAUAGAAUACAGGAAAACCUUAGACUUCAAAUAAAAAAAUAAAAAACGGAAAGAAAAAAGAAAAGGACGAAGAAAAGAUAUUUGGACUAAUGUAACGAAGCACAGAUCCUCAGUCAUAAGAAUAAGCGGAAGCAAAGAAAAGAAACAAUCAGAAAACAAAGCAAAAAAAGAAAACCGAAGGCACAGCAUCGGUGCUAACGUUCCCCAACAAAAGGAUGAGUGAAAAGGAAGAAAUUACAAAAGAGGAAAAAUAUGAUGCUGAUAAAUCAUAUACUUUGCUUCAAAUUGAGGAUUUGUAUCGGGCUGUGAGUGACUAUUAUCGUUCUUAAGUUAAGGGCUGUGAAGUGAAAGACUGUGAUAUGAGGCUGUGGGCAGGACACACACACACACACACACACACACACACACACACACACACACACACACACACACACACACACACACACACACACACACACACACAGUUGAACAAAUACAGAUACGGAGACGGGACCACACGAGCGUAAGCCCAGGCCCUGUGACACUACAACUAGGUAAAUAUAACUAGGUAAACACACACACACACACACACACACAAAGGUCAUCGUGCUCCCCUUACAACCCUAGAGGUCCCAGGUUCGAUUCCUGGUUUGAGUGGAGACGGAUGGACAGUUUCUUUUCAUCCGUGCCCCGUGUCCACCCAGCAGUAAAUAGGUACCGUGUGUCAGUCGAGGGUUGCGUCCCGCCCAUGGAGGUAGAAUUGGUGGAGUCGACACGGCCCGCUAAUCCCAUUCAUUGAGGUGAAGCCGACGAACUGUCAAAUUUACGGUCAAAAAGACAACACCUGACACCUGGCCGUAAAAAUGACAGCUUGGGCGGUUUCACUUAAUUGGGCUGAUGUUGACUCCACCAAUUCUACCUCCAUGGUCCCGCCUCCCGAGUGUGUAGGUGGGAGGAUUCAGACAUAACCAGAGAUACGUCACUCGCGAGGUCAGACCAUGUUGAAUUACACACACACACACACACACACACACACACACACACACACACACACACACACACACACACACACAC